UUGGCGCCGCCCCCGCCCUCACCUGCGCUGCCCGCAGGUGUGCCGCCAUGUUGCGCUCCUGAGAGGAGCCGCCGCGGCCGGGAUGCGGGGCAGCGAGGCGGUGCGGGCGGCCGAAAUCGGCUUUCUCGUUCCUCGGGGGGCUCUGCUUCUGCUCGGUAUCUGUGGUGCUCUUUCUCUGGAUAUUAAAACCAGUCCGGAGGUGCGAGGUUAUGUGGGUGAACAAGUAGUGCUGAAAUGCUCAUUCAAGUCCAGUUUUCCCAUCACUGAGAGUCUAACAAUAGACUGGACAUACCGGCCCCUUACUGGUGGUCGGAUGGAGACAGUUUUUCACUAUCAGUCUGUUGCAUACCCACCAUCAGUGGGAAAGUUCAAAGACAGGAUAUCGUGGCUUGGGAACACUGCUAAGGGUGAUGCUUCCAUUGCUAUCCAAAGUCCGUCUGUGAGUGACAAUGGGACAUUCAUCUGCAGUGUGAAGAACCCUCCAGAUGUAUACCAUAACAUUCCCCAGACGGUGCUGAUUGUUACAGAGAGGGGCUUUUCUUUCCAACUGACUUCAGUGACACUGCUAUCCAUUGUAGUAUUUAUUCCUUCCACUGUUGUGGUUGUUCUGAUGUUGGUGAGGAUGGGAAGGAAAUCUGGACUGAUAAAAGAGAAGAAGAAACCUGGCUGCAAGAAAUCCUCUGUUGAAGAAUCUGAGUCCGAAUAUACAGACAGCUGCAUGGAGAGACUCAAAACGUGGUGUUGGAACUGUGUGGACACAGAUGAGGAAGACCCAUACUGACUAAGGAUCAAAUGUAUGGAUAAUGAACAAAAUUACAAUGCUGAAAAUCAUGACUAGAUAAGUACAAAGGCUGCUGGAUAACAGCACAGAUUGGAAGAGCUGCUCUCAUCUUGGUAUACUGGAACAACAAUGCUGACUGGAUAGUUCACUUCUAAGCACAAUGUAACGAUUUUUGAAAUCUCCACAAUUUAUUGAGGGAGUGGGGGAAAAAAAAGAAACUCCUAAAUCUCCCUACUUCAGUGCCUACAGGAACCUCAGUGCCUGCAACUGUCAGGCUGUUUCCUACCAGCAGUUUGACAAUGCUCUUUUCUUAGUUUACUUGGUAAUAUUUCCGUUAUGGUUGAUAAUAUCCCUCCUUUCUUGUGUCCUUGAACUCCACUUGCCUGAAGAACAGAGUACUCCAGAGUGACACAUGAGCUCUCCAAGACAGUCGUCAUGGGGCAGUGACAUCAUAUUCUCAGUUUUUGAGCAACAUAUUUGCUAAGGAUUUAGAGCAGUCUGAUUAAGUUGUUACAUGACAUCCUUUGUCUCAAAGCAAAGAGAACCUACUGUUUUUUAAUUGUUUCCUUGCUUGAGCUGCCACUUAAUUACAGGAUCAUCAUUUUAUUCCUACUGUUUUCUGAUUCAGCUGCACAGCAGUGUUACCUUACUUUGAUUUUUAUUUGUCCAACAGCUGCAUUACUGGGUUCAUCUUCUACUUACACGGAGCACAAUUCAUAUACAGCCUAUUUUAUAAACCAGAAAUGCGAAUGGGGACUCUAUGUCUGGGGAAACACAACCCCAUCUACCUCAACCACUGACUCAAGGCCUUGUCCAAAGGGAUGUUCUGUGUUCAGAAGAACAAUCAUGUUCCUCCUCUCUUUCAGGGAAACAGUGAAUUUUUGGGAAAUGGUGAAAUGUAUCAUUGCUGUCUUUUAAGAUUGAGAGCACCUUCUCUCACCAGCCUUCUUCAAUAAUGGAUUACAGGGAGCAGUGGAAUUCUUUUCUAAUAGCUGAAGAGGUGCUGUUUUCUGCCUUAUUUUGGUAUAUGACAUUGGUUGAAUGGUCUCCUUCCAUGUAUGUGGUAUAUGUUUACUGUCUACUUUGCACUGUUACCAAUAAAUUGCAAUGCUUCAUUCAA